AUGUCUGAUGGAUCCAAGUCCGAUGCGCUGAAGAGUACUGCCACCACUACCAAGCCGGUCUUCCAUUUCGCCGCCGGACUCUUCUCAGGCCUCACAUCCUCCAUCCUCCUGCAGCCGGCGGAUCUUCUCAAAACCCGGGUUCAGCAGUCUGGCCAACCUGCCUCUCUCCUACCCACUGUCCGCGCCAUUCUAGCUUCACCAAAUCCCAUCCGCAACCUAUGGCGAGGAACGCUCCCGUCAGCUCUCCGGACCGGGUUUGGAUCAGCUCUCUACUUCAGCUCACUUAAUACGCUACGACAGUCGGUGGCCAUAGUCAAGCUACACGCUACGGGCGACAAUGGCGGCAGUACCACCACUUCUUCGUCUUCUUCUUCUUCGCCGCGCACUUCAGCCCUGCCUAAACUGUCACACUCAGCAAACCUGCUGACGGGAGCUGUGGCGCGAGUCUCGGCUGGGUUUGUCAUGAUGCCCGUUACCGUGCUGAAGGUGCGGUAUGAAUCCGAUUAUUACUCGUAUAGAAGCCUAUGGGGUGCUGGCAAAGAUAUCCUUCGAACAGAGGGUAUCCGGGGGCUGUUUUCUGGCUUUGGAGCAACUGCUAUCCGCGAUGCACCGUACGCCGGUCUCUACGUCGUGUUCUACGAGCAGUCCAAGCGGUCUCUGUCUGCCCUGCUAUCGUCUCGGCCCCGAAAUGAAACAGACGCAAUCUCGCCAAUGCCGUCUGCGGCUUAUGUCCACUUUCUCUCCGGUGCACUUGCUGCUGGCUUGGCCACUGCAAUCACAAACCCGUUUGAUGUUCUCAAGACCCGGGUGCAGCUAAUGCCCUCCAAGUACCGCAACAUGUGGCAUGCCGCAAAGCUAGUCAUGCGCGGUGAAGGCGUACGGGGUCUGUUCGGAGGGCUGAGCUUGCGUAUUGGACGGAAAGCUAUUAGCUCAGCUUUAGCUUGGACAAUCUACGAGGAUCUGAUUUUGCGUGCUGAGACCUCACGGUGGGCCCAGCAGGAGAAGAGCUUGUUGACUUGA